GGGAGCAGGCCUUGUCCCUUUGGUUUUCUCUGCCCUGGGGACCCAGGAGGCCUGCGCCCUCCCCUACUCCCCGGCCCAUGGGGACGCUCGCAGCGAAACUGCUUCUGCCCACCCUCAGCAGCCUGGCCUUCCUCCCCACUAUCAGCAUUGCUGCCAAGCGGAGGUUCCACAUGGAGGCCAUGGUCUACCUCUUUACCAUGUUCUUUGUGGCGCUCUACCACGCCUGCACCGGGCCCGGCCUGUCGGUGCUCUGCUUCAUGCGUCACGACGUCCUGGAGUAUUUCAGUGUCUACGGGACAGCGCUGAGCAUGUGGGUCUCGCUGAUGGCGCUGGCCGACUUCGACGAACCCAAGAGGUCGACCUUUGUGAUGUUUGGCGUCCUGACCAUCGCGGUGCGGAUCUACCACGACCGCUGGGGCUAUGGGGUGUACUCGGGCCCCAUCGGCACGGCCGUCCUCAUCAUUGCCACAAAGUGGCUGCAACAGAUGAAGGAGAAGAAAGGUCUGUACCCCGACAAGAGUGUCUACACCCAGCAGAUAGGGCCCGGCCUCUGUUUUGGGGCACUGGCCCUUAUGCUGCGCUUCUUCUUCGAGGAUUGGGAUUACACCUAUGUCCACAGUUUCUACCACUGUGCCCUGGCCAUGUCCUUCAUCCUCCUGCUACCCAAGGUCAACAAGAAGGCUGGAAGCGCAGGGCCCCCGGCCAAGCUGGACUGCUCUACCCUUUGCUGUGCUUGCAUCUGA